AUGCCUAUGCGAUCUUCCUUCCGUCUCGUAUCUCCUCCCCACUCCUCUGGAAGCUCCGACACCUCGUCCUCUGCCGACAGUUCUGAGAAUGCAAAGAACAUGGUCGAGGAAGUCCGCUCCCUUGCGCAGUGCAUCGAUAUUUUCGAGAACGGGCCCCGGCCACUCAGCGAAUCUCUCGCACUUUUGAACGACGAAGAGGUGAUCAUGCUCGCCCAGUGCGGCAAGAUCGCUGCGUACUCUUUGGAGAAAGUACUCGGCAUGAACGAGUUGGAGAGGGCUGUCAGAAUCAGGAGAGCGUUGAUCUCUCGUGCUUCUUCUACUCAGACACUUGAGGCAUCCGAUAUCCCUUUGGCAGAUUAUGACUACUCCAAGGUCCUUGGUGCCUGCUGCGAGAAUGUCGUAGGAUACAUCCCCCUUCCUCUCGGUAUCGCAGGCCCACUUUACAUUGACGGCACGCUCUACCCUAUCCCUAUGGCCACUGCCGAGGGCACUCUCGUUGCUUCUGCGUCUCGCGGUUGCAAAGCCCUCAACGCUGGCGGAGGUGUCACUACUGUCCUUACCCAAGACGGUAUGACUCGCGGCCCUGCCAUCGACUUCCCCAGCAUCGUCGACGCUGCAUCUGCUAAAAUCUGGAUCGACUCCCCCGAAGGCUACUCUACCCUCAAGAAGGCCUUCGAGAGCACCUCGCGCUUCGCUAAGCUCAAGAGUCUCAAGACUGCUAUGGCUGGUCGCACACUCUACGUUCGCUUCGCGACGUCCACUGGCGAUGCGAUGGGCAUGAACAUGAUCUCAAAGGGCACAGAGAAGGCACUGGAGGUGAUGCAGGAACGGUACCCCGGGAUGGUCGUUCUCGCUCUCUCAGGCAAUUACUGCACAGACAAGAAGCCCGCGGCUAUCAACUGGAUUGAAGGUCGCGGGAAGAGUGUGGUUGCUGAGGCUGUCAUCCCCGGACAUGUUGUCAAAUCGGUGUUGAAGACGACUGUUCCGGCCUUGGUCAACCUCAACACGAAGAAAAACUUGGUCGGAAGUGCUAUGGCUGGCUCUAUCGGAGGAUUCAACGCGCACGCUGCAAACAUCCUCACUGCGAUCUUCUUGGCUACUGGCCAGGACCCUGCUCAGAACGUUGAGAGCUCCAUGUGCAUGACUUUGAUGGAAGCUGUCAAUGACGGUGAAGAUCUUCUUAUGACUGUCAGCAUGCCUUGCAUUGAAGUCGGAACCGUUGGCGGAGGCACCGUUUUGGGUCCCCAAAAGGCCGUUCUUGAAAUGCUUGGUAUCAAAGGUGCUCAUCCAACCUCACCUGGACACAACGCACAGACGCUUGCUCGUAUCAUCGCCGCCGCUGUCAUGGCGGGUGAACUUUCCCUUCUUGGUGCUCUCGCAGCUGGCCAUCUUAUCCGGGCGCACAUGCAGCACAACAGAGCCCCCCAGACAGUCGCUGCCCCCGUUUCCGAGAAGAUUUCCCGUAGUUGGUGCGCAGAAGAAGGCAAGAAAAACAAGCUACUCUACUUGUACAAUGUAACUCCCGUGCUCACCGAUGUUUAA